AUGUCAAAUCAACAUAUCCUUCUUCUCGGAGCUACAGGAGUAUCCGGUAUUGCCUUUCUCGAAUAUGUCUUACCCCUCCCUGAUGGACCCAAAUUAUCUCUACUGUUGAGAAACAAGAGCAAAUUACCCCAAGACCUCGUAACUCAGUAUCAACAUAAACUCACGAUAGUAGAAGGACAGUUGAAUGAUGAGGCAAAGUUGGAAGAGGUCUUGAAAGGUGGUAUAACAGCUGUGGUCAGCUUGUUGGGACCCUACCCAUCGCUUUACCAUCUGCUCACUCGGACGAAACCCACUCCCAUCGCGGAUUCGCUCCAUGUCGUCAAGAAGGUAAUGAAGAAAUAUGGUGUUAAGCUAUUAUGA